AUGUCCACGGUUCCUAUUGAGCCAUUUCUCCACCAUUCUUCUCUUCUUCGCCACAAUCGUGGAGCUACUGGCUUUUGGCCUGCUUCGUUGAAUCUCCGUUGUCAUUUCACUUCGAAGAAACUACACUCGAUUGGAAGAAGCGUCGUUUCGGGGACGAGCUUGGGGUUUCGCAGCUCGGAGCGUAGAAAGUUCGUCGCGAUUCGAGCUAGCUCAUCCGAUACUGCCGUCGUCGAAACCUCUCAAUCCGAUGAUGUCGUCUUCAAGGAAAAUUUCCCCGUUCAGCGAAUCGAAAAGGCAGAAGGGAAGAUAUACGUUCGAUUGAAACAAGUGAAGGAGAAGAAUUGGCAGCUGAGUGUUGGAUGUAGUCUUCCUGGGAAAUGGAUUAUUCAUUGGGGAGUUUCAUAUGUGGGUGAUACUGGCAGUGAAUGGGAUCAACCUCCGCAAGAUAUGAGACCACCUGGCUCAAUUGCCAUCAAGGACUAUGCUAUAGAGACACCUUUGAAGAAGUUAUCUGAAGGAGAUUCAUUUUAUGAAGUUACUAUUAAUCUAAAUCUGGAAAGCUCAGUAGCAGCUCUCAAUUUUGUUUUGAAGGACGAAGAAACUGGGGCAUGGUAUCAGCACAAAGGAAGAGAUUUUAAGGUUCCACUUGUGGACAAUGUUCCUGAUAAUGGGAAUUUGAUUGGAGCAAAGAAAGGCUUUGGAGCCCUUGGGCAGCUCUCAAACAUCCUUCUCAAACCAGAUGAGUCCGGUGAAGAAGUUGAAGAAAAGAGCAAGAGCUCAUCUGAUUUUACAAAAGAAACAAAAGGUCUUGAAGAGUUUUACGAGGAGAUGCCAAUUAGUAAACGUGUUGCUGAUGAUAACUCAGUCAGUGUCAUUGCAAGGAAAUGCCCUGAAACAUCUAAGAACAUUGUAUCGAUUGACACUGAUCUACCGGGUGAAGUUACUGUCCACUGGGGAGUUUGCAAAAAUGGCAGUAAAAAAUGGGAAAUUCCUGCUGAACCUUACCCAGAAGAAACAUCUUUGUUUAAGAACAAGGCAUUACGCACUCGUUUACAGCGAAAAGACGAUGGUAAUGGAUCUUUUGGAUUAUUCUCUCUGGAUGGAGAGCUAGAAGGAUUUUGUUUUGUUCUUAAGUUAAAUGAAAAUACUUGGUUAAAUUAUAGGGGCGAAGACUUCUAUGUCCCUUUCUUGAGCUCAAGUAGCUUGUCCGUUAAAACUGAAGCUGCUCAAGCGAGUGAAAACACACGAAAAACCAAUCAACAAGUGUCGGAUAGUGGAUUUACUGAUGAAAUCAUCACUGAGAUAAGGAACUUGGCAAUUGACAUUUCCUCUCACAAGAAUCAGAAGACAAAAGUCAAAGAAGUGCAAGAAAACAUCCUUCAAGAAAUUGAGAAACUUGCUGCGGAGGCAUAUAGCAUAUUUAGAAGCACAACUCCAGCUUUUGCCGUGGAAAGUGUUUUAGAAGCAGAAGCAGAAAAGCCUGAAAUUAAAAUCUCUUCAGGAACUGGCUCUGGAUUUGAGAUAUUAUGCCAGGGAUUCAACUGGGAAUCUCAUAAAUCUGGGAGAUGGUACUUGGAACUUCAAGAUAAAGCUGAUGAGUUAGCUUCACUUGGCUUCACUGUUCUGUGGUUACCUCCUCCGACAGAAUCUGUGUCACCUGAAGGGUACAUGCCUAAAGACUUGUAUAACUUGAAUUCCAGAUACGGAACUAUUGAUGAGCUAAAAGAGACCGUGAGGAAAUUUCACAAGGUUGGGAUCAAAGUUUUGGGCGAUGCUGUUUUGAAUCACCGCUGUGCACACUUCAAGAAUCAAAAUGGUGUAUGGAAUCUAUUUGGAGGUCGUCUGAACUGGGACGAUAGGGCAGUAGUUGCAGACGAUCCUCAUUUUCAGGGUAGAGGAAACAAAAGCAGUGGAGAUAAUUUCCAUGCUGCUCCAAACAUAGAUCACUCGCAGGAUUUUGUUAGGAAGGAUAUCAAGGAAUGGCUAUGCUGGAUGAGAGAAGAAGUUGGGUAUGAUGGAUGGAGGCUUGAUUUUGUAAGAGGGUUUUGGGGAGGUUAUGUGAAAGACUAUAUGGAUGCUAGCAAACCGUACUUUGCGGUUGGUGAAUAUUGGGAUUCCCUAAGUUACACCUAUGGAGAAAUGGACUACAAUCAAGACGCACAUCGUCAAAGAAUUGUUGACUGGAUUAAUGCAACCAGUGGAGCUGCCGGUGCAUUUGAUGUCACAACCAAAGGAAUUCUUCAUACGGUGCUUCAAAAAUGUGAAUACUGGAGACUCUCAGAUCCGAAAGGGAAACCUCCAGGUGUAGUUGGAUGGUGGCCUUCUCGUGCUGUAACAUUCAUAGAGAAUCAUGACACUGGCUCUACUCAGGGACAUUGGAGAUUUCCGGGAGGGAAGGAAAUGCAAGGAUAUGCUUACAUACUGACUCAUCCAGGAACACCAGCAGUUUUCUUCGACCAUAUCUUCUCGGAUUACCGUUCUGAGAUUGCUUCUCUUAUCUCUCUUCGGAACAGACAAAAACUCCACUGUCGGAGUGAGGUGAAAAUAGACAAGGUGGAGAGAGAUGUGUAUGCAGCUAUAAUAGAUGGAAAGGUUGCAAUGAAGAUCGGACCAGGGCAUUACGAACCACCGAGCGGAUCUAAGAACUGGUCUAUAGCCGUCGAAGGCAGAGACUACAAGGUGUGGGAAACAUCUUAA